AAAAACCCUAACUAUUACACAAACAUCAGUAUGAAAGCGGAUGUAAGAGGUAAGAAUCCAUCACCGACCAUUUCCUCUAUGCAAAACCCUAGCCUCUUCACAAACUCACGCAGCUCCAUCUCCGGCGCCGUCUUGACCGGGUGCCUGAGCAGCCUCGACGGCGCGUGCAUCGAGAAGCUCCUCCUCCACUGCGGCAGCGCUCUCGAGAGCAACGACGUCACUCUGGCUCAGCAAGUGAUGUGGGUGCUCAACAACGUCGCCUCUGCCGUCGGCGACCCCAACCAGAGGCUCGCCUCGUACUUCCUCCGCGCCCUCGUCUCGAGGGCUUCUAGGGUUUGCCCCGCCACCAUGAGCUUCAAGGCCGCCGGUAUCCCCCACCGCCGCCUUAUGUCCGUCACCGAGCUAGCUGGCUAUGUCGACCUCAUCCCCUGGCACCGCUUCGGGUUCUGUGCCUCAAACAACGCGAUCCUCGACGCGGUGCGAGGGUUUCGGAAAAUUCACAUCUUGGAUCUGAGCAUCACUCACUGCAUGCAGUGGCCCACUCUAAUUGACGCGUUGGGGAAAGAGCCGGAGUGCCCACCGGUGGAGCUUCGGAUAUCGGUCCUCUCGUGGCGGCCCCCGACCCCUCCGCUGCUCAACAUUCCGAUUGAAAAAGUUGGUCAGCGGUUGGUCAACUUCGCCAGGUACAGAGAUGUACCCUUUGAGUUUAAUGUUAUUAAAGUGGGGGGCCCAGUAGAAGAGGAGGAAACAGUCGUCUCCUCCUCUUUCUAUGACUUUUUGUUGAGUCAACUCAAUGCGACCAUAGUCAAAGUCAAUGUUGAUGAGGCCUUAGUGGUCAACAUCCAGAACUGGCUAAGAUAUCUUCCGGACGAGGAAACUUCCUUGUCAGAUAGCUCAUGCGACGGGAUAAUGUCGUAUCGGGACUCGUUCCUUGAGUUGGUUGGAAGGUUGAGUCCGUGCCUGGUGACAGUGGUUGAUGAGGACUGCGACCUCGGGGCACAGAGCGGGCUAGCAUCGAGGAUCGUUUCGUGCUUCAACUACAUGUGGAUCCCGUUCGAUGCAUUCGAGACGUUCUUGCCCAAGGAUAGCCCACAGAGGAUAGAGUACGAGUCUGACAUCGGGCACAAGAUUGAGAACAUUGUCGGGUAUGAGGGGGCCCAGAGGAUUGAGAGGUUGGAGUCCGAAGGUAGGUUGUGCCGACGGAUGGCGGCCGCAGGCUUCAUGAGUGUCCCCUUCGGAGAGGAGACUGUGAAGGAGGUGAAGGCUUUGCUCGACGAGCAUGCGAGUGGUUGGGGGAUGAAGAAGGACGAGGAAGGCAUGCUAGUGCUGACGUGGAAGGGCCACAACGCGGUCUAUGCGGGGGCAUGGGUUCCAUAUGCCCCCGCAUUCCAUCAAAACAAUCUAUUGGUGUAAUAGCGGGAUCUCGAGCUCGAAUUCGUUACUGCCACGUGUCGAAUUAGGUGGCCUUAUUGUCUAGGGCUGGAUAGGUGCAUUAGCUAGAAUGGAUCGAUGGGACUAAAUUAGAGAUAAAUAAUUUGAAUUAGACAUAUAUGUAACUUUAGCCAGGGAGGAUCGUGUUUUCAUGACCAGUGGGGUAUAUUAAU